UCCGCGCGGUGGUGGUUCUGUUGCAGACGGAGCGGGGCGGGAGGUGUGGUUCUGCCGAGCAGAGGGAGGUUGCAAGGUCCUGCUGCUGCUGCCCAUCGAUGCCCUGCAUCAGGCUGGGAACAUGGAUGCUCUGGUUGGAUGUGUGGAGAAGGAGCUGGCCAUUGAGCGUAGGCAGCUGGGGCCUGGUGAAGGGUGCUCGCUGGUGGCCUAUGUGCCCACCAAGUGGCUGGGCAGUCUGAAGGAGAGGAAAGUGCUACCAAGCUGCUGUCCCAGACCUGAGGGCCUCAGUGAUGCUGAGGUGACAAGCUUCCUGCAGCCAUCAGUCAGCAAGCUGCCUGCCGGCUGGACUCGUAUCUCCCUCCAGAUCCUGAGAAAGGCAUGCCUGGCCUACUGUGUGGGCCCCGACCUCUGCUGUGUGACCAGCUGCUCAGGUGGAGUAGGGAGAGGAGCCAGCAGCCCGGAUCUGAGCUCUGUCUCUGGCUUCAUGCAGCAUGUGGCUGAACAGAAUUACCGGAAUCUCUGGCAGACAAGCCAGGGCCAGGCGUUGGGGCCUGCUGCUGCAGCUCCUCGGGAGAAGCCUGAGGCCUGCUACCUCCAGGCUCUGAAGGCAGCUCUCAGCCGGGUGUAUGGCUGCAGCUUCAUCUGGAUCGGUGGAGAGUCUGGGCGAGAGCUUGGGCCUUCUCCAGCAGCCGUCAGCCGGGAGCCACAGCCCAAUCUGCUUCCUGUCAAGGCCCUGCUGGAGUCAGGCCAGUUCCUGUAUGUGAUCCAGCCCUUCUGUCAGUAUUCACUCCGGGAUGUGGUAACCUACAGCCCUGCCAAGCUGGCUAAUAGUCAUGCCAAGGUGCUCUUUCUCCUGUACCAAGUUCUUCAGGCCAUGCAGGCUGCUCACUGCGAGGGGCUGGCCUGUGGCAGCUUGUCCCUGACUCACCUCAAGCUGGAUGAGAGACUCCAUGUCCAGCUGCAGCUCAACCUGUCUGACUACGAGAGGCCGGAGGCCGGAGAGCUGACCGGGGAAGAGGCUGGUGACCAGGGCAGCGACCGGGAAGCCUUCACUGGGCAGCUGGAUGAGUCCUCACUGUCAGCACUCCUCACUGACUGGGUUCAUGGGCGGAUUAGCAACUUCACCUACCUGAUGGUACUCAACAGACUGGCAGGCCGCAGAGCUGGUGACCCCAACUAUCACCCUGUCCUGCCCUGGGUGGUGGACUUCACCGUCCCUUACGGAAAAUUCCGGGACCUUCGCAAAUCCAAAUUCCGGCUCAACAAGGGAGACAAGCAGCUGGAUUUCACCUAUGAGAUGACCAAGGAAGCUUUCGUGGCGGGGGGCCAAGCUGCAGAUCAGCUGCAUGUCCCCCACCACAUUUCAGAUGUCCUCUCUGAUAUCACCUUCUACGUUUACAAAGCUCGCCGGACUCCGCGCUCUGUCCUCUGCAGUCAUGUCCGAUCCCAGUGGGAAGCCAAUGAAUAUCCUGCCAGCAUGGAACGGAUGCAAUCCUGGACCCCAGACGAAUGUAUCCCCGAGUUUUACACGGAUCCCACCAUCUUCCAAUCCAUCCACCCUGACAUGCCGGAUCUAGAUAUUCCAGCUUGGUGCAGUUCCUACCAGGAAUUCAUUGAUAUCCACCACAAGCUGCUGGAGUCGAAGGAGGUCUCUGCCAAUCUGCACCAUUGGAUCGAUCUGACCUUUGGCUACAAACUGAGCGGCAAGGAAGCGGUGAAAGCCAAGAACGUUUGCCUGCCCCUCGUGGACGGUCACACCCACCUGACUAACUAUGGGGUGGUGCAGCUCUUUGACCAGCCACACCCCCCUCGGCUGUUCAGGGGUAGCUGUGCCCCACCAGAGUCUGCACCCCCCAUCAGCCUGAAGGAGGCAGCAGGGAGCCAGCCGGUGGAUGUGGUGGAUGGUCUGGUGGUGGAGUCUGUGGGCUCAGAGGGGCAGGGGCCAGGUGAUUGUUUGAAGGAGGAGGAUCUGGAGGAGGGGACAGAGGCGCUGGAUUCCCUGGCUGCCUCCGGUAAGCCUUCAGAGCACUUGCCUCCUUCCUCUGCCUGUAACCUGUCGAUGGCAGAUCCCCGAGCUCUCGGCAGCCGAGGGAAUCGUAACCGAGGCCCGGCUUCUCGUGAGCUCCUCGAGGCCAAGAUCCACCUUCCUGAGGGUUUCAAUCCUCUGCAGCCUCUGGAGGAACUGGAGAAGCUCGACAACUUCCUGCUGCGUGGGUUGUACAGUGAGUUGCCGGAGCUUGUAUGCCAGGAUCAUGCUCCCCAGCCGUCCUUCUCGCAGUUUGUACAGAGAGACAUGCAGGCGUUUGGGGUCCUCAUCGCUGAAAUCUUCUUUGCUCAGAGGCUACGAGCUCAGGCACCAGACGCCCCUCUGUGGGAUCGUUUUCUAGCUGUGCGGAAACUCUGUCCCCACCACAUGAGAGAGAUCGCUGCUCCACUCCAACACGCUGUCUCGAUGUUACUGCAGCUUCACGACAGCCCUGAAGAGUUACUGAAGACUCGAAGCCCUGCUGAUUGGAGCCGCUUGUUUAAGUAUCGGGCUGUCUGUGAGGGGUUACCGCCCCCCAGCCCCAGCCAGCUGCUCAGUCCCUGCUGCCCCACCAUCCCCUUCCCUCGUUACUUCAGCGCUCUUCACCAGUUUGUCUGCACCUACUAUUCACACGGGUCUGAAGAUGGAGACCAGGGCCGCGAUUUUGUCUUCUCUCUCUGGCAACAGUUAGAUAAACUCCUGGAGCAGAUGCAGCCGGAGGGUCUGGAGAUUCUCCUGCCCUUUGUCCUCACCCUCAUGUCCAGUGAUUUGACAGCUGUCUACACUGCCUGGUAUUUCUUUGAGCCCAUUUCCCGUGCUCUGGGACCUCGCAAUACCAACCGUUACCUGUUGAAGCCCCUGGUGGGUGUCUACGAGAAACCCGGCUAUGUCUGUAGCCGUUUCUACCUGUACACGGAUUGUUUUGUAGUUCAGCUGAUAGUGCGGCUCGGCUUGCAGUCUUUCCUGAGCAGCCUGCUGCCCCAUAUCCUGCAGGUCCUGACUGGGCUGGAAGGGCCUGAGGAAGACCGGGUACUCGAUGGAGCUGGGGAGGAUGAGGAAGGUGUGUCGGACAUGCCAGCCUCCUACUCCAGCUCUGAGCUGAAGGCUGCAGGACCAUGUGACUCAUCCAAUUUCAUCGACUUCUCCUCAGGCAUCAGUUUCAGUGACCAGGCUGAGCUGACCGAAAACGAGGACUUCCAGAAUGGGAUCUUCCUGGGCGACCGGGAACAGGAGUUGCUCAGCCUGGGGAAGCUGAGCGACAAGAGCAGUAACAGUGACGACUCGGCUGAGGACAGAGGCACCGACUCCGAUUCUAAGGACAGGCUGAGCCUCCGCUCGAUGGACAGCCAUCAGGAUCUCAAAUUGGCCGAGGGUGUCCUCCUCCAGCCCAGGGAUGACGAGGAAGAGGAGGAACAGGGGGCGGGGGACGAGGAGGAAGCAGCUCCUGAGGAAACAGUCUUCUGCUCUCUGCCUGAUCCCAGGGAAAGGGAAGCCCUCCCAAAGGAGGAUGAUCUGGAUGAGGAAGACUUGCUGAGUGAAGGGAAGGAGCAGAAGAUCCUGUUUGAUACUGCGUGUAAGACGGUGAAGUGGUUGACCGCGAAGCUGGGCCCCACGCUGAGCUGCCGCUACAUCGUUCGCAAUCUCUUGCGACUGUUGACCAGCUGCUACUUGGGUUCCGAGCAGCAUCAGUUUGUGUUGCCUGAUGAUGAUGUUGAUGAUGUGGGGAAUAUCUGUGAGUGUCGGAUGGUGCUGGGAGAUCUGACAGCGAGACCAGUCCUCGAAUGCCUGAUGUAUGUGGCCCAGCUGUAUGGGGAGCCCGUGCUUACGUACCAGUGUCUCACCUACGUUGUGUACCUGGUUGGCCCUGGUAACAGCUGGAGGUUAAACAGUCGGAAGGAGGCAGGGUUACUGUCUGGAGUGGUCCUGAUGCAGAAGAUCAUUGUUUACCUGUCGGACACCACCUUAAUGGAUGUGCUGCCCAAGAUUAACCAGGAAGUACUUCUCCCAGUGCUGGAUGCCCUGACAUCACCGUGCACCAGUUUCCCAAGUGGGGCCCAGGCUCGUUCGGUGCUCUGUGUGAAGACCCUCCGUCUGAUCGUGUUAGUGUGCCUGAGGAUUGGACAGGAGAUGGUGAUCCAGCACAUGAGUGAGACUCUAUGUCGAUUCUUUGAAGGAUUCUCUGUCCCUUCUGAUGUAGAGCAGGUGGAAGUGAGUGAGAAUUUGAGACCUGGAAGUAGAGGAAACUCCGACAGCCCGGAUUCAGGCAGGGAUCCCAUUGCCCUCCAGGAGCUGCAGAAGGUGUUCAGUUUGGAGAUGGCUUAUUCUGCCUAUGUCCCAUUCAACUGCCUGAUUGGUGACACGAUGAUUAAGAAAGUCCUUCGGAAUCACCAUCACGUCUGGAAGCUGAUGACCCAGUACCAGGAAUCGGUGAGCGCACAGACCCAGGAGUCGGCAGUCCCACUCUCUCCAGGUGUCCCGUCGGGGAAGUCUCUCUCCGGAUAUGACCGGCCUCUGGCUGAUGAUGGAGUAACCGGAACAUUUGGGAGUGUGACGGUGGGGAAUCGGAUUGAGAUCCCAGUGGAAAGUGUUUUGGAGCCUCAUCUCUCGGCCCAGGUGAAGCAGUGCCCGACUCCCCUGGUGUUCGCUGGCUCCCAAGAGGGGGGUGCCCUGAAACAGGAGCUGCCCCGCAGUGCCCGGGUGCUGUGUGGGAACUGGCUGGCGUAUUGGCAGUACGAGAUUGGGCUGAGUCAGUAUGAUACCCAUUUCCACUUCCAUCAGAUUCGGCUGCAGACCUUCACUGGGCACACAGGCACCAUCAAAUCCAUCGCCAGUCUGAGUGGUGAAGACUUCUUUCUGAGCGCCAGCCGGGAUAAGACAGUGCGGCUGUGGCCCCUCUAUAACUACGGUGACGGUACGCGAGAGAUGGAGCCGCGGUUUGUUUACUCCGAGCACAAGAAGUCUGUCUUCUACGUCCACCAGGCAGAGGCCCUUCAGCAGGUGCUCAGCUGUGAUGGUUCCAUCCACCUCUGGGACCAGUUCACGGGGAAGACCGUCAGGGUUUUUGAUGCAUUUGACUCUCGGAAUCCAAUCACAGCUGCUGCCUCGAUGCCAGCCCCUCACUGCAGCAUCAUCACGGCCACCGCUGACUCUGUCCUCCACUUCAUCGAUCCAAGAAAACCCGGAUUUCAGCACGAGUUCCGCUUGAACAGCAGUGUGACAGCUGGGCUGAUCCGUUGCCUGGCGGUCAGUCCCACCGGCCGCUCAGUUGCUGUUGGAUUCUCCUCUGGAUAUAUCUACCUGCUGGACACACGCACUGGGCUCCUCCUGAAGGUGUGGCAGGCCCACGACAGUGACAUCCUUCAACUCAAGAGUGCAGAGAGCAACGUUCUGGUCAGUUCGUCUACUGACCACUCCCUCACCAUCUGGAAAGAGUCUGACCAGAAGCCAUUCCACCAUUACCGGUCACCCUCUGACCCUGUGCACACAUUUGAUCUCCAUGGUAAUGAGAUUGUAGCUGGCACAGUGGCCAAUCGCAUUGGGAUCUACUCUAUGCUGGAUAGCUCAUUCCCGAUCUCCAUGAACAAGCUGAGUUCAGAGAACUUCCGUGGAACACUGACCAGCCUUGGGAUCCUGCCUACAAAACGGCUUCUCCUGUUGGGAUCUGAUAACGGGGUGAUCAGACUUCUGGCCUAGACUGUUGGAACCUACAACAACCACACACUAUUUUCACACAGACCUGCGGCCCUCAGCUCUCCCUUCGGUUAUUGAAAGUGAGGAAGUUCAGCUCGUCCUCCAGUGACGAGCACAGUUACUCGAGUGGCCCCCUCCCAGCACACAGGGUUUUUAAAAUGUAUAAUGAAGGAGCUGGUUGGAUUUCAAUUUUGAAAUGCUCUGGAGAAAGGGCAGGCCCGCUCUGAAAGUUUCAGAAUGUUUACAGUCUGGAAAUAUGGAAAUUCCUUUUAAACAGAACAGUUUCUGUCUGUCUGUGUUGGCCAGUUGCUCCAGGGCUCCGCUCUCGUUAUAAACCAGACCCACUUCUACACUUGGUGCUUUCUGUUCAGUUGAUGCUCAGGUGAAAGUUAAGAGGCUGCAAUCUGUCUCAAUGACUGGGAUCCCCUCCCUCCCUCGCUCAUUGAGUUAUCGUCUACCCCAGACACUCGGUCUGUACUGUCUGUCAGGCCCGUGUCAGGUUAUGGUGGGGUUAAUGGCUCACAGCAAGCAGGAGCUGGUUUGAGUUCCAUUAUGUACCUGUCCCAUCCUUCCUGAUAUGGGGAAUUAGCCUCCAUCUGUUUAAAUGAUGCAUCCACAUUAGGUCUGUCUGACUUCAGAGACCCAAUGACCUAUAGGAGGGGCAUUACAGAAAUAAGCUUCCUGCCCCUCUGCGGAGAGUGGGCAGUGGGGAGGUAAUAAGGAGCAGAUAUCACUGGGUAAUAAGGACCUGGUCACUGGUCACGCAGACAGACAGAGGAGACGGUAAGCCAGGGUGGAGGUCAGGGGUAGUGUCCUGGACAGUCUGACCUCUGACCCUGAGGGGACCUUUUAGGUAAGGGGUCAAUAAUUACUGCGGGAAGUUGGUGAGUAUUGAAUGGAGUGUAACCUCCAUAGUCAGGAUCUGGGGAAGUGUGUCACUACAUCUUUAAUGGCCUUCUAUUCCAGUCUGUAUCAUAGUGUCUUCAGAAAAAGGAAGGUGCUGAGUGUUUUCUAACGUUUAUUUCAGGUAUUAAAGAGAUACUCGACUGUUAAAUAUCAAAUUGCUCACUGUGUGAGAGGGUUCUGUCUCCAUGGAAACCUGACACCCAUUUGUUCUGGGUUGGUGUGUGGGUGCACUGUCCCCUCCCUCUCUUUCAGGAGAGGGUGGAGUCAAUCUUGAGUCAGCUGGGUGGGGGUUGGCUGUGCACUCAUACCCACCCCACCCUGCCCAUUGUCCUGUACCCACCCCACCCGCAGCACCCCCUCUCUCACCCCCUCCCGCACCCAGUCUGAGAGGUGGGGAGGGGCUGCUAUUCAGCAGUAACUUACCCAGGGUAGGAGCGGGUUAAUAUCCCUCUAACAUUCCUGGGGCAGGAGCGGGUUAAUAUCCCUCUGUAACAUUCCUGGGGCAGGAGCGGGUUAAUAUCCCACAGUAACGUUCCCGGGGCAGGAGCGGGUUAAUAUCCCACAGUAACGUUCCCGGGGCAGGAGCGGGUUAAUAUCCCACAGUAACGUUCCCGGGGCAGGAGCGGGUUACAAUCCCACAGUAACGUUCCCGGGAUAGGAGUGGGUUAAUAUCCCACAGUAACGUUCCCGGGAUAGGAGUGGGUUAAUAUCCCACAGUAACGUUCCCAGGGCAGGAGCGGGUUAAUAUCCCACAGUAACGUUCCCGGGGCAGGAGCGGGUUACUAUCCCACAGUAACGUUCCCAGGCAGGAGCGGGUUACUAUCCCACAGUAACGUUCCCAGGCAGGAGCGGGUUACUAUCCCACAGUAACGUUCCCGGGGUAGGAAUGGAGCUAUUUCCCGCUUCCGAAUCCCGCCGAACAGCUGGUCUUCACAAUGAACGUUGCCUGGGUAGAGGGUGCGCUAAUUGCCUUGGGGACCUGUUCAAUGAAUGCCCUCUGACCUCAGGUAACAAGCCAUUAAAAUUUGUUUUUGUGCCUCUCUGGGUGAACAGUGCACAGGAACAUUCCAGAAAUACAGGUGAUUCAUCCACUGAUGUGAAUAUUUAUAAAUAAAAGCAAAACUUCAAA